AUGACUUCACCUUUAUUUAGCUUCCAUACAUCUACACCUAGAGAGAGUGGUGGUGCUAGGCCUAAGGUCAUGAGUCAGAGUGUUAGACAUAGCGACUUAGAUGAUAGCAUUGAGGAUGAUUAUGUGCCCCUUGACAGAGAACAUGGCAGUAUGUGUCUGGAAGAUGUAGAGAAAGAGUUUGAAGAACUCACAGCACGUUUUGAUAGAUGUAAGGAAGAAUUGAAUGAGAGUAGAGCCUUAGGGUCUAUGGUUGAUUAUCAACAACAAAGACAAAGUGACAGUCAGAGCCAAUCACUUUUUAGUCAAAAUGUGAGUGAUGGUGAUACUGAAACUGAGAAUAAAGUAAAAUUUGAUCGACCAAAGUCAGAGCUUGCUAAAACACAACCAAAGGAAACCAGUAGCAGUGAAGGUGAGACUGAAACUGAACCUCCAAGUGGCAGUGACGACUUCUUCACUUACCAGUGGGACAGCCUACUGGUAGAGGCGGAUACUCCUCCAAAGAAAAGGUUUCCCCCAUGUAAGCUUUCAGCAUUUGGUGAGGAUCAGUCCUGUCAAAUCAUAUCUUCAGAUGAAGAAAUAAAUCAGCCUCAAAGUGCAAGUAUCUUACGACGCAGAAAGCGGGCUACUCCGAAAAGAGAAAAAAAGAAAGCCACAAACAAAUUAAAGUACUCUACAGAUGUUGACUUCAGUGAGAAAAAGAAAGCCGCAGGCACACUAAAGUAUUCUACAGAUGUUGACUACAGAGAAAAAAAGAAAGUCACAAGCAAAUUGAAGUACUCUACAGAUGAGAGAAAGAAAGCAAAAUAUUCAACAAAUAUGAACUAUAGAGAACAAAUGAAACAUCUGAGUAGAAAUAAGUAUUCUACAAAUAUGGACCAUAGAGAGAAAUUGAAAUGUUCCAAUAAACAGAAAUAUGAAUCAAAUCUUGUCUACAGAAAGAAGUUGAAAGAGAAAAGCAAAUUGAAGUACCGUAGAUUUGAUUGCUUUCGACAGAAAGUUAAAGCGUCUUCUAUCAAAAAGUAUGCAAGGGACCCACUAUUUAGGCAUGCCGUAAAAUUUUCAUUGAAAAGGAAAUACCAUGAAAGUAGCAUAUUACGUGAGCGGAAGAAACAAAGAGUGACUGCAUCUCGCACAAACACCUCCAAAUCUAUCAAAACAUUUAAGCAGAAUAUAGCAAGAAUACCAAAAUAUGUGUGCUCAGUUUGCAUCAGACUGCUUUAUUCAACCCAAGUGAAGGCAUGUAGAAGGGAACGCUAUUGUAUUGGUGGAGAAUUGAGUGAAAUAGCUGAUAAGUGCUUGAAUGACUUCUCUGUACACAGAUGUGAAGAGAGUAACUGUCCUGAGAAUUGCUGGAUUUCUUUGGUCAAUACCGAUAAAGAAUGGAUUUGUCAUACAUGUAAUAGACACUUAAGAAAAGGUUCCAUGCCACCUCAAGCUCAAGCCAGUAAUAUGUUCUUGAACCAAGUUCCAGAGGCGCUAUCUAGACUCAACAUUCUUGAAAGACAAUUGAUAGCAUUGAGAUUACCUUUUAUGAAAUUGUUGUCUCUACCAAGAGGAGGUCAGAAGGGAGUCAAAGGGCCAGUAGUUAAUGUGCCAUCAGACGUAGAAAGUGUGACUUCUGCCCUUCCCAGGAGUGUAAAUGAUGCACAACUUGUGAAAGUGAAGCUCAAGAGAAAGCUGUCUUAUAAAAACUACUACACUUAUAAGUGGAUAAAUCCUUCUAAUGUCAUUGAUGCACUCAAAUAUUUAAAAGAAAACAAUUACUGGUAUAAAAACAUAACAAUAGACAGCUCUUGGAUGGAGAAUAUCACACAGGAUGAAUUGGUUAGAGAAUGUGAUGGUGGUGAAGGUGACAGUGAUGAAGAACCUGAAGAUCAAACAGACAUCAGUGAAAUGCCAGUGGAAACAUGUUUCCAGCCUGUAGAUGUAGGACAGGAGGUUUUGGAUUCCAACAAGACUCUUUGUAUUGCUCCUGCAGAAAGUCACAGUCCACGAAACAUAUUUCAAGAAAAGGGUUCUGAUGCAAUGGCAUUCCCAUCACUGUUACCUGAUGGACAUUUUGGAUUAUUUGAAGAUAGAGAAGUGAAGUUAACACCAGCGAAGUACUUUAAUGCUAGGCUGUUCUCUGCUGACAACAGGUUUGCCAACAACAAAGAAUUCAUAUUUUUUGCCCAGUAUGUUGCAGAGAUCAAUUAUAUAUCUUCAAACAUCUCCUUGGCUUUACGCAAAGGAAAACCUACAACCGAGGACGGAACACCUGUUACUGCAAGAAUGCUUUUAGACUCAGACAAUGCCAGGAAUAUUCUUAAAUCAGACAUAGGUUUCCGAUUUCUUCAACCUGUGCGUGGGACUCCGCCAUAUUGGCAGCGUACGAUGAAAGACCUGUAUGCUAUGAUUCAUCAACUGGGAAUCCCUACCUGGUUUUUAACCUUUUCAGCAGCUGAGAUGAGAUGGGAGGAAGUGAUAGAAACAAUAUUGUAUGUAAAUAAUGAUUUUAGAAAUGUUACAGAUAUUGAAUGCUCAGAAAGAUUUUCCCUGAUAGCAGACAACCCAGUCAUAUGUUCUCGAAUGUUUGACCACCGUGUGAAGGCUUUAUUCACCGAUUUAUUAAUGUCUCCAUCUGCCCCUGUUGGAAAGGUAGUAGACUACUUCUUUAGGACGGAAUUUCAACAGCGAGGUUCCCCUCAUAUCCAUUCACUUCUAUGGAUUGAUGGAGCACCCAAAUUUAAUGAGAACACUGACGAAGAGGUCUGUGAGUUUAUAGACAAAUAUGUUACCUGCAAAAUGCCAGAUGCAGAUAAUGAUCCUGAGUUACAUGAAAUCAUAUCAACAGUUCAGGUUCAUAGUAAAUCCCACAGUAAGUCCUGCAAGAAGUACUCGACAACAUGCCGAUUUAAUUUUCCACGUCCACCGGUACAACAAACUUUUAUAGCAAGGACUGAACCUGUUGAAGAACAGACAAAUGACCAAUCCAAGGUACCAGUUACUGAAAGGGAAUUUGACGAAUUAUACAAGAAAGCUGCUAUAAAGUCUAAGGAAAUUCUGAAAGACAUCUGGCUUCUUCUGUCUUCGGCAGAUGAAACAGGCUAUGAUAUGUCAAAGAUCCUUCAAUUAGUUGGAGUGACCUACAAUCAGUAUAUUGACUGUUUGACAAGUGUGGCAAAGCGAAACACUGUGUACCUUAAAAGAGAUUUGAGCGAUAUGUGGGUAAACAGCUACAAUGCAGAUCUUUCCAGAGCAUGGAAUGCAAACCUUGACAUCCAGUUUGUGACUGAUUCGUAUGCAUGUGUAGCCUACAUACUCUCUCAUAUUAGUAAAGCUGAGGCAGAAAUGGGAGAUCUUCUAUCAAAUGCUCAGAAGGAAGCUGAAGAAGGGAACACAGAUGCUCUCUCAGCCAUGAGGAAGAUUGGGAAUGUUUAUUUGCAGAGCCGCGAGGUAUCAGGCCAAGAAGCGAUUUAUAGAGUGUGCAGCUUACACCUGAAAGACUCUUCAAGAGAGGUUGUAUUUGUACCAUGUGGUAGUAACAUUCUAAAGAUGAGUCUUCCAGUCAGUCUCGUAAAGGCACGAUCUAGGCAAGGAGGUGGAGAUGAAGAAAAUAUUUGGAUGACGUCUGUACAUGAAAAAUCACCCAUUACCUUGCCUUUAGGAAUUGAAAGUUUUGAAGCUUUUGUCAAGAAUGGGAGUCAGAACAAUACAACUGUUAUUCAGAUUAUAGAACGGAAUCGACACAAUUUUCAACAGGAUACUCAAAGUUUAGAAAAAGCUUGGCAAGAUAUACAGGAUGGAAAAAUUCAAGAAGAAUCCUGGGUAAAUUUGGCUCCUGAAGCUGAGGCAGUGAGAAUCGAAAUUGAUAUGGACCGACCAGAAGAAAGUAAUGAACACCUGGAGGAAAUACCUGAGCUUAGAGUAGAGGAAAAAUCAGAAAAGGAAAAGCAUCAGUUCAGCUAUGAACCACCUACAGUGUCACAAAAAGUAAUUCAAGAUUCCUUGAGAAGUAUGAAUGAUAUUCAACAAAAGGUCUUCUUCAAAAUACGCGACUGGUGUCUUCAGAUGAUUUGGAAGAAAAAUCCAGAUCCAUUUCAUGUCUUCCUUACUGGUGGGGCUGGUACCGGAAAAUCUCAUCUCAUUCGUUGUAUCUUCCAUGAGGCAACAAGGAUCCUAUCCAAGACAGCAGACUCACCUGACUCAACAUGUGUUCUGUUAACUGCGCCAACUGGGACUGCUGCCUUCAAUAUCCAGGGUAUGACUGUCCACUCAGCCUUUGCCAUUAACAAGACAGUUAGACUUCCUUAUCAGCCUUUAGGUGAGAGUUUACUCAACACAUUAAGAAGCAAGUUUGACAACCUUUCAAUUGUCAUAAUUGAUGAAGUCUCAAUGGUGGAUCAAAAGAUACUUGCAUACGUUCAUGGCAGACUCUCACAGAUAAAACACACUAAGAAAUUAUUUGGUGCAGUAUCUAUCUUAGCAGUGGGAGACUUCUACCAGCUGCCACCAGUAAAGGGACUUGCUUUAUACAAGAAAAGAGAGGCAAACUUUCUGGACCUCUGGAAUGGAACCUUUUCUAUUGUAGAACUUAAAGAGAUCAUGAGACAAAAGGAUGACCAGUUCUUUGCAGAAAUGUUGAAUAGAGUGAGAGUGCAUCCUCGUGGGACACCACUACAGCAAGCUGAUAUAGAUGCCCUUCAAAAUGUGUCCAAACAAGUAACACCGGUUGAAUUUAAAAAUGCUCUGCACAUCUUCCCAACUAAUGCAGAAGUAAAGGAACACAAUGACAUCAUGAUAGAUCAAACUUGUCACCCCCUUUAUACGUCCAUAGCAAAAGACUAUUAUACAGAUAUAGUGACAGGCAGGCAAUGCCAAAGAAAUGAACCCUUGGUUAGUGUGAAGGCGGAAGACUUGCCAACUUCCAUUAAAGUUGGUGUUGGUGCAAGGGUAAUGUUAACCAGAAAUAUAGAUACCGACGAUGGUUUGGUUAACGGAGCAUUUGGCACUGUUACAGCAGUCAAUGUGGAUUCUUCGAAACAAGUGAGGAAUAUUGACAUUGAAUUUGACAAUAAAAAAGUUGGUCAGAAACAUAAGAAGAAAGCUGUUACAACUAGAUAA